AUGCCUCCCGCGUUGGCUGUCCGCUUAACCUGCCAGGCCUGCACGCGCCGCAAAGUAAAAUGUGACAAGAAGAGCCCUUGCACCAACUGUCUAAAGCAUGGGAUUACAUGUGUGGUGGUUGAGAGGCCGCGGUGGCCACGCGGCCGGUCCGGAAACCAGGCAAUAAGCCGAGAGCAAGAUCUGAGCGAUCGUGUAGCGAAGCUAGAGCAGUUGAUAGAGGGCCUUAGCCACUCCAAGAGAGGAACGGGAAAUGGGUCCAGCAGCGGUGGCGAGAAUACGAUACCUAGCAGCGGACGAUCGCCAAAAUCACCGUCAGAAAGGGCGCAGACAACCGAAGACUUGUUUCAUUUGCAGCCGUCGGUGAUCCGACAAUCGGCCGACAGCCGAGAACGGCACCCAGAGAAUCACCCCGAGCUACCUUCGGAACCAGUGCGUCGGAGGAUACUCGUCGACAUCUUUCUUCGUCAGGUCGACCCGAUUUUGAAGGUCUUGCACCGGCCGUCUCUGUGUGCCUAUCUCCUGGAGGGAAAGCCCUACCUGGACUAUGCUCCGGAGCAUCCGGUCCCUGCGGCUCUGGCCUCUGCCGUGUUCUAUAUGGCCAGCUCAAGCUUGGCUGAAGAUCAAUGUCUCGCUCUGCUUGCCGAGAGGAAAGAGACGGUCCUGGCAAGAUACAACGAUGAAACCAUGACAGCCCUCGCUAGGGUCGACUUUCUGGUUACGAAUCAUUUGACUGUAUUGCAGGCAUUUGUCCUGUCUUUGGUCAGUGCAUGGCUGCGGCGGGGAGACUGCAAGAUUAGCUAA